AUGAAUAUUUCAAGCUCUUCAGAAGAUCGAUCAGCAGAGAUCGAUCGUUGUUUAUCAAUGAUUGUUCCUUCAGCUUCAGACGAAUCGAAAUUUGCUUCCGAAGUACCUGAUCCUGUCUUGAAAGAAAUCGCAGUCAACAUCCUUAGUUGUUUUGCUCAUUUUGAGUCAUUAGCAAGUGAACAACCCAUGGUUGAUAGGAUUCCAGCCUUAUCAAGGUUACUAACACCUAAUGAUACAACCGAUAUUACAAAAGAAGUGACACAAGUGUUAUUACAUGUAGCUAUCAAAAAGGAAGGUCUCGUAAAAAUGUUAGAUCCUGAUGUUCUCAAAAAUAUUUUCGAGGUUUUAUUAGAGACUAAUAAAGAGGAUGAACGUGAGGCAUGCUCCGAAUUGAUCAAGUCUGUUUAUGCUCGAUCAUGUCAACUGCUAAAUGAAACCAAGAUUCCUAGUUUAUAUUCGAGUUUAAAAUAUUCUCUUAACACUUUGAUUUCUAUUUUAUCAAAUACAUUAAAUAACAAUCAAAAAAAAUUAAAAUUUGAAGCAUUGGAUAUCUUGAGUUCUGUAUUAACUGAUAUCCCAACAGAGGUUAAACGUGAACAAGAAAAGAAACUUGACAAUUGGCUGGAUAAUUUAUUAAGUGGUCUACGACAAAUCUUGAGUAGUAAAUUACGUAAUUGUUUGUUACGCUAUUUUGGUAACGAUUGGCUAUUUAAAUCAUUGUUGGAUACAAAAGCUGCGAAACGAAGGAAAGAAAAGGCUUCUUCAGAUAAUCCAAAUGAUCCUGCUAAUAAGGCUUUUGCAGUAGCCAAUUUCCCAGCUUUAUUAAUUCACUUGAUCGCAAUUGAAUCAAAAGUGAUGAUUGAUGAUAUUAAUGAGCGAGUUAUUCGAGAACAUAAUGAACAAAAAACAAUUAUUAAUGAACAGCGUCAAAAGCGUCAAAUUUUGAUGGUGCCUAUUUAUUUUGAAAUCUUGGAAGCAGCUAUGGAAUAUUUAGCUAUUAAUUAUGAAUCUAACGGCAUGGACCCUGAAAUGUUGAUUAAACUUCGUACAACUUUAUCUGAGAUUAUGGAUGUUGUUAUGGAAUUACUUAAAUUUAAACAAGGCACCAAGGAAAGUUUAGACGAUGAUUUAAUUGCACAAGCAUACAAAUCAACUAGUGAUGGACUUAAAGGAAAGGGAAAAGAAGAAAAGCCUCGUUUUGAAGUGAAAAAGUGGAAUGCAGUUGCACUUUGGGCUUGGGGUAUCGAAUGUCAAGCUAAUCAAGCAUCAGCAACAUCUGAAGAAUGUACAGUUGCUUGGGGUAUUUGCAAUCAUGCUUUCCAUUUCCAUUGCAUUUCCCGUUGGUUGAAGAGUCGUCAGGUUUGUCCACUUGAUAAUCGUGAAUGGGAAUGGCAAAAGUAUGGUCGAUAG